GGUCGUCGAUUCACUCUCUAAGUCUGGGGUCUGGCCCCUCUCCUCUCCUCUCUCACUCCUCUUCACCCCAAAUCCUGGCCACACGCGUGCGCUUCCAACCGUCUUCCAUCCUUUAUCCGGUCACUUCUUCUUCUGCGGCGAUAUUCCCUGUUCUUUGUCUCGGUUCGUAUCAUUCUCAGGACUUCUCAGUUCUCACUCUCUCCAUCCAAAACCCUAGUUAGGGUUUUCGGUGAAAUUCGAUACCUUUGUUCCUUUCCACUGGAUAUUUCACCGCAGAUUCGCUCGUCGUAACAUGUGAUUAUAGUGAAAAGACGGCAAUGGCUGACCAAAGUGAUCAAGGCAAGAAGCGAUUCAUCACUGAGGGAGAUAUCGCUUCACUCUUGCAGAGAUAUGACGCGACGACGGCGCUGAAGCUGCUUCAGGAAGUGGCAUAUUUCGCAGGACCGAAGAUAGAUUGGAACGCAUUGGUGAAGAAGACUUCUACUGGGAUCACAAAUGCUAGAGAGUACCAAAUGCUAUGGCGGCAUCUUGCUUACAGGGAUUCUUUGACCCCUGUGGAAGAUGAUGCUCAACCUCUGGAUGACGAUAGUGACUUGGAUUGUGAGUUGGAAGCCUCCCCUCAUGUUAGUAAUGAAGCAUCCAUGGAAGCUAAUGCACACGUAAAGGUGAUGGCUGCGUCCUACAUGCCAGCUGAAUCCAAUAUUCCUGACAACUCAACAGUUGAGGCUCCCUUGACCAUAAACAUACCUAAUGUUAAGAGUUCUCAAGAACCAUCAGAGUCGCCUUGGUCAUCAAGAGGAAUAAAUAUCACCUUUCCUGUUUCUCUUCAGAAAGCUCCAUCUACUGAGGGACUGAAUGGAAAUGGGUCAGCAAGUGGUAGUGUGGCGUCUCGAAAGAAAAGGAAAAAGUGGUCGCCUGGUGAGGAUGCAGAGCUGAUUGCUGCUGUGAAGCGAUGUGGUGAAGGCAACUGGGCUCAUAUUCUGAGGGGAGAGUUCAAAGGGGAGAGAACUGCCUCACAGCUCUCGCAGAGGUGGGCCCUAAUAAGGAAAAGGUGUGAUACAUCAAAUUCGGCUCCUAACCAAUCUGGUCUACAACGAACGGAAGCUCAGAUGGCUGCUAAUCAUGCAUUGUCUUUGGCGGUGGGAAAUCGAGCACCUGCAAAAAAGCUUACAGUAGGUGUUUCUCCGAUGGCUCCUUCUGGUAGUACUGCAGAAGUGCCAGCAGUCGGGACAAGUUCUUCACAAGCCCAGCCCCAACCCAAUGUUGUUCAAGCGCUGCCCCGAACAGCAGCUUCAGUUCCAGCCGUGAAAUACCGAGUUGCAGCUGUAAAGAAAGCACCCAACUCUACUUCAAGAACGGAUCUCAUGGUAACAGCUAAUUCUGUAGCUGCUGCUGCCUGCAUGGCUGGGCCAUCAACUACUGCAUCCGUGCAGGCUGAACCAGAAAAGAAUGCUGCUGAAGUAGUAUCAAAGGCUGAACCUGGGAAACCCAUUUCUGCGACCUGUAUGCCUCGGCCCUCAGGUGGCCUGUCUGUGCCAAAGACUGAGCCAGGAAAGAGCGUUACUCCUGCCACCACCUCCACUGCUACUGCUAAAGCUCAAGCUGUUGCACCUCCAAAUACGAGGCAUGUAGCCAAUGGCAACAUGAACCAUGUGGCGGCUGCUUCGUCACAUUUUACAAAGUCUGCUGUUAUAAAUCCUCGCUCAGAAGGACCUGUCGUGAGGACAAUGCAUCAUGCUUCCACCGCUUCUGCUUUUGUUCCAAAGACAGUAUCUGAAAAGCGAGUUUCUGCAGCCUCUGUACCCGCUGCUCCUCCGGUACCAUCAAUGCCGAAUGUCGGGAAGGUCGCACAGACUGGCCCUCGCAAGCCAGAAUGUGUACAGAAAGAGCAAACUCCGAAAAAUGGAGCGAGUACCACGGUUGUGAGUCAGCAAACGAAAACGACCUCAACAAAUUCGGAGAGCAAUGCGGAAAUGCAAGUGGCAGUAUCAAAGAGCCUCGAUGUUUUACCAAAGAGCAUGGUAGUUGAGAGUAAAACUACCGUUUCACCUGUCAACAGGGCUGAGAAUAAAGCUACUACUGUCUCACCUGUCAAUGGAGCUGCGAGUAGAACCAAUGUCUUGCCCGUCAAUGGAGCUGACGGCAAAUCUAAAGCUAAAGAUGAAGUAAAUAACAAGGAUGACGGAUUGAGCAAGUUAAACAAUGGUAGCAAAGGACCAGAGGUUGUGACCGUGGCAAAGAGCGGAAACGGGAUGUAAGGUCCAAAGGCAUCUUGAUACUCGAUUUUGGGGUUUUCUUUGUAUUGUUUUUAGAACUUGGAAGAAGUAUGAUGUAAAGUAAGAUCCUUUAGAGAUCUGGUGCUAGUAAGUCUUUAUAUAUAAACUUCUUACGCUGAAAAAUAUGAUGGGUUUUUAUCGUCAA